AUAAACACAAAGCUCACCUUUUCUUCUGACCGGUUGGAAUGGUUGAAAAAUUCAAGAUGGAGUCACCUGACCCUCUAAUGAAUAAGUCAAAUGUUGCAGGGUCCAGGCGCAGUGUUUCGAUUUUAAAAGCGCCACGGACAUCUGUCGAUUUUGCUGACCCAGAGCUUGUGGAAUCUCAGGUUGAAGUUGCCAUGCCUGUGGAAAAGAGGAAUUCGAGAAGGGUCAGUUUUGCUCCUGCAACUGAUGUUCUGCUAUUUUCAAAAAACGGCUCACCGGUCCGAAAACCUCUACAAGAUCUAAGUGCCGCAAUUAAUCCUGACAACAGAAACCCUAUAGGUGUCAUUGUAAAGGGGAAACAACCAAUCGCUGACAUGGAGAACUUGUUGUACGCUCCUUUGCAAACUUCCCAACAAAGAAAGGAGGUAUCUAUGGUCAGCCAUGAUGCAGAAGAUCUCUAUGGAGAGAAGACGUUGAUGUUCUCUGCCGAUGAUGCCGACAUAGAUGUUACACACAGUCAAACUGUUAUGAUUACCAAUGAUUCAGACUUGCCCUAUCAAGAUGGUGAGAUGCUCCCUACCUGUGCGAACAUCGAUUUCUUUAUGUCCAUGGACAGGAAGAAAGCUGAGCCAUGUACUUUGCCUACAAUCUCUUCCUCGUCAGUGCGCCAUUAUGAUUUGGAAUUUGAAAAACUCCUAGCCAACUUUUCUAAGCCAAGUUUGCCCAAGGACAAUUCUAUGCUGCACAAAGUGGAACAAAAUGUUUCGAUUCAAUCAAAGGAUGUCCAUUGUCCAGAUGAUUCCUCUCAAAACGACUCAAAGGUUGAAGUGGCCAUGCCUGUGGAAAAGAGGAAUUCAAGAAGAGUCAGUUUUGCACCUGCAACUGAUGUUCUGCUAUUUUCAAAGGAAAAUAGAAACGGCUCACCGGUCCGAAAACCUCUACAAGACAUAAGUGCCGCAAUUAAUCCUGACAACAGAAACCCUAUAGGUGUCAUUGAAAAGGGGAAACAACCAAUCGCUGACAUGGAGAACUUGUUGUACGCUCCUUUGCAAACUUCCCAACAAAGAAAGGAGGUAUCUGUGGUCACCCAUGAUGCAGAAGAUCUCUAUGGAGAGAAGACGAUGAUGUUUUCUGCCCAUGAUGCCGAUUUCGAUGUUACACACAGUCACACUGUUGUGAUUACCAAUGAUUCAGACUUGCCCUAUCAAGAUGGUGAGAUGCUCCCUACCUGUGCGAACAUGGAUUUCUUAAUGUCCAUGGACAGGAAGAAAGCUGAGCCAUGUAUAUUGCCUAAAAUCUCAUCCUCGUCAGUGCGCCAUUUUGAUCCAGAAUUUGAAAAACUCCUAGCCAGCUUUUCUAAGCCAAGUUUGCCCAAGGACAAUUCUGUGCUGCACAAAGUGGAACAAAAUGUUCCACUGACAAUAAGUCAGACUGCUGCUAUUGAAUCCAAAAGCCUCCAUGCUGUGACUAGGAUGACAAAGCAACAGGGAAUGAGUCGGUUUCCUAUCACAGAUCUGUUCAAAAACAGUGAAGACUUUGAACUUGAUAUGGACUUUACAACAUGUCAAACUAGGGUCAUUGAAGCAAAGGAUCUCAAUUUGGGAAAGCCCUCAUAUACUGUUACUGCUGGAGGAUCAGUAAGAGUAAUGGCUGACCACCAACGGGAUAAUGCAUUGAACCUGGUAAAGAUGGCCACUGAUAAUUUUGAGCUUGUUAACAUGGAAAUGACACAAAGCCAGACCGCUGCCAGUGUAAGCCUACAUGGAGUCGAGCCAUUGCAAAUGAGUCACGAUAUUCUGAAACCUAGCACUGAGUGGAAUAACCCAUCAGAAGACAAUGACAUGGAAUUUACAACCUGUGCCACUAGAGUCUUUGAAAUGAAAGAUUUCAAUGUACCUGCGAAACGUGGAUGUAUGGCAUUCAAGAGUUUGGCUUUUGCGGCAACUUGCGGUAAAGUAGAUGUUGUUGCAGAGAAUGGCUAUUGCGAGGAUAAAAUCCAAACCAAUACUGAAACUGACUUGGAGAUGGAGUUCACCAGUUGUCAGACAAGACUAAUCGAGACCAAACAUCUUACUUUUGUGAAGCCAUCACUGAAGAUUAGUAGUGGAAAAUGUUUUCCCACACUGGAUUCAAAUGCACAUCUUCAGAUAUCUAUGAAUGCUGUCGAAAAUUCUGAGGGUUCCCAAAAUGUCGCCAACAUUUUCCCUGAAGCCAACAAGGAAAAUGAUGGGCACACCUUGUCAUUUUCCUGUGACGUCACAGGAAGUCGUGAGGGGUUUGAGCGUUAUAAUUGUGAGUCUGAUGAUAUGGAAAUGACAAGUCAGACUGUGGCAAUCUAUGCCAAAAACCUUAAUCCGGUCAAGACUUUGGGGAACAGGCGAAAGAGUUUGGCUUUUGCGGCUACUUGUGGUAAAGUAGAUGAUGUUGCAGAGAAUGGCUAUUGCGAGGAUAAAAUCCAAACCAAUACUGAAACUGACUCAGAGAUGGAAUUCACCAGUUGUCAGACAAGACUAAUCGAGACCAAACAUCUUAAUUUUGUGAAGCCAUCACUGAUUUUCCCUGAAGCCAACCAGGAAAAUGACAGGCAAACCUUGUGUUCUGAGGAUGUGGAGUUGACUAGAAGUACAGGCAUUUCAAAUACACUGUUUCACAGGGGAAGGAAAAGUCGAGCAUUGUUCGAAGAAAAAUCGCCUGGCAUGCAUGUUAAUGUGUUUAACAUGAGCUCAUCCGAAUCGGGGAAUCCAGAUGAGAUUGUCAUCGGAGGAAGCCACAGUGUUGCGAUUCAAUCAAAGGAUGUCCAUUGUCCAGAUGAUUCCUCUCAAAACGACUCAAAGGUGACUGGACCACCUGAAGGCUUGUCUCCCAAUCACUCUGAAAGUCGAGAAAACCUUAGUGACCAUCUUAAGAACAGAUCACAUGGAUUGACUGCUUUUGGAGGUAUGAAACUGGCCCAAAAUGGAACUAUUCCUAACUAUACCUCUACCUUUUCUAGAUCCAUGUUUUCAUUAGAUGGCAAAGUCACCAAAGUCUCUGACCUCAACGAUCAAUUGGAUGCAUCACAAAAUGAUGUGAAAUCUACACCACUUUCAGUGAAUAAGAAUAGCCCUGGGAAUGCUAAUGCAUUUGGUGCAUCACCUGAAUCAGCGACAAUGCAAAAGAACGAUGGUUCUGACCUCAGCCAAGAAAACUGUUCUUUGUCCUGUGGAUUAGAAAGCGCCCCAUGCAUUACAGCUGCAGUUGAUGGAGUUGACGAUGCCUCUUCCACCAAGUCUAGGCGAAUGAGUUUGGCGGAUCUACGAUUUAAAAUAAGGCGCAUGAGCUGCCUGCUCAAUGAACCCACCGAGAGGAUAUCUGUAGACGUUUGCGAUGCACCCUUGUCUCAACCCAAAUCGGCCUCAGACGGAAUCUCUGAUAAAACCCCCUUGACUGCCCUACAACAUAAUCCUGAAACACAGACGACAGACAAUGCAGACUAUACACAAUCAGAACAGUCCGCUGAAGAGCAACAACCCUGUGUAACUGCUCCUCUGAAGUUGAAUAGAAGAAGCCUCUUAUCCAGACUUAUUUUGCCCAAACGCCCACGCAGCAGUUGCAGGAUGCCUGGGAGAGAACACGAUUAUGAAGUAGCCACACAUCAGGUGAGCAGCGGCAUGAGUGACAACAUCGUCGAUGAAGUUCUUCCUUACAUCAGCAGUGAAGAGGAUACGUCUAUGGUCAACGAGAAUCCACAAUCCACCAAUGAAGAUGGUAGUUCACUUCAUGGGCGACACUUGAAAGGUACGUCGGAGGAAGUAGUUUGGGAACUGUCGACUGGUCAUCCAAGUGACUCCCAGUGCGAGAGAACUUCACCAGUAGAUGGCGAAGACAUGAUGGCGGCAGAAAAAAGGAGGAGGAUCUCUUCGGAAAGCAACAUAGAAACGCCGAACCAGUCCCCAGAGAAAGGAAAGUGUAUUGGCACAUUACCUUUGUCUCCAGCAGUCAUGGCCAAGGCUAAAGAUGUAUCUAACCGUAGCACAUCCCAGCUAAGAUCUGAAACAACAUUUGAAUCAACUCUCAAACAAAGCUUGUUUGAAUCCCAGCUUGAAGGCCAUAUGGACUAUACCAAUGAUUUCCAGAAGAACGUUGCGGAUGAAAGCAUAACGGUAUCUGAGUUCUUUCAACUCCUAAACAUCGAUUUUGUCAUUCACAAUCCUCGACAGAGCAUCCUUCCGGGCAAGCUUGCGUCCCAUCUGGGCCACACGCCAGAGAACCUGCUGAAGAACCGGCACAUUCACCAUCCCAAGCAGAUGGUGUAUGAGGCUGAGCACAAGAACCUUGCAGAGAAGGUUGAGAGGUUAAAGGCUCGAAUGAAGGACCAAGCAAGACUUUUACACACUGUCAACCAACCUCUUUGGGAAGAGUUGAAAUGUUUUUCAGAGGAUGAACUGAAAAUAUUUGGUUCGAAGAUGAAGGAGAGAAGUUACUUUUUCCGGAAAAGAAGCAAGGCUCAGUCGCAUGAAAUGAAAGAGGCUCUAUAUUCAAAUCUCCUCCAGGCUAAUCUGGAGGAACGGCAGAGGUUGCAAGGGAAGACGGAGGAAGCCGACGGGAUGCUGAAAAGUUUGGACGACUGCAUCCAGGAACUAGAAACAGAACUUGCAGCAGUUGAAGAAAACGGUUCAGGUGGCAGCAAACUGACUUUGAAGUCAGGUCAACUAGGAUUGGAGAAAGUCACAAUAGAGAUUGCUGAUAAGGAAAGACAAAUGUGUGAAAUGGAAGUGCAGAAGAAGUGCAACGUGGACCAGGUGAAAAGGCUUCAAGUGGAGAUUCAGGAUUUGAAUGGCCAUUUCACACUGCUGCAAGGGCUGAAUGAGUGGAAGCUGGCAGAGAGAAGGGCAGACUGUGACGUCUACUCCUUCCUCUAUGGAUCGCUGCUUUUAGAGGUGGUCUUUGAUACAGGCGCCGGUAAGGACACCGAUGAGAGGAAUAUCUUGGACAUCAAUUUCAAGCUGGAAUUAGAUGAGGAGAAGUCGGAGUGCCAUGCCCGUCUUGUUCACACACUUGUGUCAGACUUCAUCAACGGACAAAGCCACUGGGUGGGAAAAUAUCUUAGCAGCCGAUGCGUCCCUAAGCUGCUGCACGACGUGGCCCUGGUGGUGAGCCGCCUCCGGCUGCUGGGCGAGGAGGUGCGGCGCCUGAGGACCUGGGGAUGUGUGAAGUUCAACAUCUCGGACAUCCGCUGUGUGGGCAAGCGCGUUCACAUCGUCUUCAGCAGCCUGGAGGCCAUGGUUGAGUUUGAGUUGUCACUGGCAGUCACGAUGGCCUACCCCUGUUCUCCACUCCAAUUGCAGGACUUCAAAAAUCAUAUUGGAUCGACUAGCGUAUGCCGCCUUGAAGAAAUUGUGUCAUCAGUAUCUCCAGACAAAAACUACCUGACCAGAAUUGUCAUGGCUAUUCAUGCUGCGGUGCAUUCAUGAAGAUAUGUAUUAUUCCUUUGUUAUUUGCAUGCACAGCCCAGUAGCACUCUGCUGCUGGGGUACUGCUGCCAGCUACCCAUUCCAUUGCUGGUGUUUUUUUUGCAGCAAAAUGACUGCGGAUUGCUGUUGUCUCAAGAGAGGCAUCCAACGUUUUUUUCCUUAGGCCUCUAUUUUGUUUCUACUCCCUUUGGUUUUCAAUUGUGAGUCAGUGUGGCCAUGUUGGUUCCUAGACACUACUUGUUAUCGUAAUAAUCUAUACCGGUUGAUAUAUCAUUUUUUGAAGACUUAACGUUAUUGAAUGCUGUGACAUUUAAAUGGGCUAACUCACCAGAUGGGCCGCAGCAGGAGGAGAGAAAGGUUUUUUAUUUUAUUGUGAUCACACCCAGCAUCGAGCAGCAAUACCAGCAGGGGUAUUGAAGUCUGAAAGUAAGUCUGUUGGGUGAAGUUGUCAAACAUCAAGCGGGGGUAAAAUCAUUGAAAACCUUGUACUGAGAAGUGUUGCAAAUAAAUGUUCCUGUGUAC